AUGGAUCCCAUACACCGGCCAAACUACCGGCCCUUAAUCCAGCGUCUCGCUCUCCCUUGGCUCCUCGUCGUCCCCGGUCUCCUCGCCGUCGUCACCAUCGCCAUACUGGUCAUCCACACUGACCUCAACAUCGUAGCCCUCUACUCACAAUGCCACGCACGGUCGCGGCUAUCGGGUCUCUCGCACAUCCCCGUCCUCGGCGCGCCGGCCUGCUUCCUCGUCAGCUUUUUUCAGUACGCCAACACCUCCGUGCGCGCUAUUGCUCGCAUGAGCGUUAUCUUGUCCUUCGUGGGCGCGCUGCUUACGAUAAGUCUCGUUGAGUCGGCGCGGAUAUGCAACAAAUCCAGCAGGGUCAUUUCGAAGCCUACCUUGCCGUGGCUUGUGAGUAAUCUGGUUGGGGGGGUGCUUGUUUGGGAUUUGGUCAUUGUAUCUUCGUACUUGAGCCAGGCGAAAAAUGUGCAGGCGGCGAGGGAGUCGGCCAGUGCUGAAGAUGCUAGGGAGGCGGAUCCGGAGAUCGAUAAGGGGGUACGGGGUCUUUCGAGUCAGGUUGAGGCAAUGGCCAUUCCGAUUGCUGUGGUGGUGGGGUUCAUCGUGCCAAGCGUUGUGAUGCUGGUCUUGACUCAUCCGAUCACUAUAGGGGUUUGGCUGUUCUUUCCUAUCUGGGUGUCGACGGUUCGAUAUGCCGUCAAGUUCGUCGCUAUGAAGGUAGUCACGGAUCCCGGGCCGUAUCACCUCGAGUCGCACCGAGUUCCGCUCGUCACCAUGUACGCUGUACCAGUCAUCUGCUCGGUACUUUCGCAUGGCUUCCUCAUCUGGAAUAUGUUUGCCUGGGAUGAUCGGAAAGAGAUGACCCGGGCUACCAUCAAGUUUAUCGAGAUAGAUGUUGCCAUCAUCGCAGUCACUAUCCUUUACUGGCUGCUGGUUGAGGCCGGGGUAGUUGCAUGUGUCACGAUGAUUGCGAUCUCUAUCCUUAUGGGCCCAGGGGCUGGACUAGCUGUGGCCUGGUUUCUACGGGAAAAGGCCUUCGACGUAUACUACCAGGGUACGCAAGGAUCAUCUGACAGAGAGGGAGAUGUUGAGGAUGAGAGCGAAGAGACCCCCCUACUUCGGUGA